GCAGCCGCGGAGCGCCGCCGAGUGGCAGGCGGGUGGGCACUCGCUCCGCCUCCUCCCGGCCCGCCGCGCCGGCUCCCGCCUCCUUCCCUCUCCGCCUGCUCCCGCCUCCCUCCCUUUCCGCUGCCGAGGCGGCGGGAGCCGAGCCCGAGCGGACCGAGCCGCGGCUGCAGCCGGGCGGCGGGCGCAGAGGAGGCGGCGGCGGCGGGGCGGGCCGCGGGCGGUCAAGCAGGCGGCGGCGGCGAUGCGGCGGCCCCGCUGAGCCCGCCAGCUCCGGGCGCCGGGGGCCGGCCGGCAGCAUGCGGAGCGGCGAGGAGCUGGACGGCUUCGAGGGCGAGGCCUCGAGCACCUCCAUGAUCUCGGGCGCCAGCAGCCCGUACCAGCCCACCACCGAGCCGGUGAGCCAGCGCCGCGGGCUGGCCGGCCUGCGCUGCGACCCCGAUUACCUGCGCGGCGCGCUCGGCUGCCUCAAGGUCGCCCAAGUGAUCUUGGCCCUGAUUGCGUUCAUCUGCAUAGAGACCAUCAUGGAGUGCUCCCCGUGUGAAGGCCUCUACUUUUUUGAGUUUGUGAGCUGUAGCGCAUUUGUGGUGACGGGAGUCUUGCUGAUCCUGUUCAGUCUGAACCUCCACAUGAGGAUCCCCCAGAUCAACUGGAACCUGACCGAUUUGGUCAACACUGGACUCAGCACUUUCUUUUUCUUUAUCGCUUCGACCGUACUAGCUGCUUUAAACCACCAAACUGGGGCAGAAAUCGCUGCUGUGAUAUUUGGCUUCUUGGCAACUGCGGUGUAUGCGGUGAACACGUUCCUGGCGGUGCAGAAAUGGAGAGUCAGUGUCCACCAGCAGAGCGCCAGUGAAUACAUCCGGGCCCGCACGGAGUCCAGAGACGUGGACGGUCGCCCUGAGAUUCAGCGCUUGGACACAUGAGCCCCAGGGGCCCUCCUCCCUCUCAUCCUCGUGCCCACCCUUCCAACCAAGUUUUCUUUUCCUCGUCAUGUCAGAUUUUCCUGUGAUUAAGCUGAAUUUUGUCCUCUUGGUAAAAGUUCAUUCCAGGAAAGGGUUUUCAGAGAGUGGCCCUGUUGGCGGGUCUGUGAGGCAGGACCCCAGCAGCCCCUGCUGAGAUGGGGGCGGGGGCGGCUGGGAGAGGCCCGAAGCUUCUCCAGCAUUUGGUAGCUGUCGGAGCCGCUAGCCUCACUGGCUGCCAUAUCUCCUCUAGAUCCUCACUGUCCCCGAGUACAGGCUUCACAUCUGACGCUGAGCCACCCUGUCCCAUGUUUUUGUGACAAGUCAAGACUUUGGAUUAAUGGGAGCUGCUAAGGGGUAAAAAAAAUCAAGGACUGAAGGUGCAGGGGUGAAGAGCCAGCAGUAGUCGCUGGCCAGGCCCCCCGUGGGCCCCAGGGCAGCGUGGAGUCCUCCCCCCCGGACCCCUCCCCUGCUCCUCGUCUUCCAUCCCUGGGCCUUGGAGACACCGAGGGUUUGGCCCCGGGUGUGCUGCUGGAGCUGUUUGCCGGGUCUGGACUCUACGGGGAUGGGAAGAGCUGCUGUCCUCCUGGCACAGCCUGGCAGGCCUGCUGGCAUGCGGGAAGGUCGCCCUUUGGUUCCCGCCCUGCUGAGAACUCACUCCACUGCUCCUCCCAUGCGUCACCUCCCUGAAUUCCAUGAUCUCCUCCAGGAAUAUGGGACCAUCCUGUUUUCCAGUUUCCUACCCACCCUUGUUACUUGGAGGCCGAAUUGCAGACUUCCUGCAAUUUUACCUUCUCAGGUAAAAGUCAUACAAAAAAGUACAGUCCAUUCCACCAGCCAGAAUGCUUGCCCUUUGCUGGCUUCAUGGACCACGGGUGGGGACACAUCUCUGUUUUAGGGACGUGUGCUAAUUUUUGAAUGCCUGAGGACAGUUGUAAAGUGAUUCUGAGUAGGUUUGUCUAGGAUUUGAAAUACUUGAAUUUCCACCACAACACAUGGUUUCACUGAUGUUUCGGGAGGCACAGAUUGUAGCUUUCGUGCCUCAGGGUCCUAACUAUGAACACUGAUCUUGGAAGUUGUUGGGAAGAAUUCUCGUGAUGUCAGAUUUUAAACGGAUUCUUGAGAAAGUGAAGGUUAUGUAGUGAAUGUGUUCAUUGAGCCCCUCUGAUCCUAUAGUGUAGUGUUUUUUGUCCUUCGUAUUCUUCCUGUUGGAGACUAUCUGUAUUGUUCACGGAAAAAUUGUUUUACCUUGUUGGUUUCCACUCUCUGAACUGUUAAUGUUUACAGACCUUCUUCUCACUCUACUUAUUCUGUGUUUGGCCAUCCCUCGAGAGGAGACCUGUCCCACUGGGGGGACAAGUGUGCAGCCCUGGGAGAGCCCCCGGGACGACCUUGUAGAGUGGUGGACGAUGGCAGUGGUGGCUGGGCACCGUGUAAGAGGGGAGCGGACGUGAGUGUGUCGGGCGGUGGGGGGGACACAGCAUAGGUGAGAAAGCGUCCAGCCCUGCCCAUGCCUCUGAUUUCCAGUGCAGGUCCCACUGCUCAGCCUGCAAUUCUGAAGAGUGGGGGCAAGGGGUUAGCCCCGCGGACAGGCCAUCCAGUACGACUGGAAUUCUGCUGUGUUUCCUUUCUGGGGCAGUGGCCUGGGUCACAUGUGCAAGCUCCUUGUCUGUGUCCCGUGCAGACCCCCGCUCCCCCGCAGGUGGGAUGGAGCCCCCGGCCCGUGUGUGUGUUGUGAGGCAGUACCAGUCAGGAGUCGCAGACUUUGAACUUAGUAGAUGUAGUGACUUUGGGGGAGAUUAGGACAUCUGGAUUUUAUCUGCUCCUUUUGUGUAUUUAUUCUGCAUUUGUUGAGUGUGUCUGCAUGGUCAAAAUGGGCUUAUCUCCCUCUGAGAGUUCCAGUUAGACACAGGGUGGCGAAGACUCAGCCCUGCAUUCAGCGGGGCCCACUGGGGAAGACCACCCUGAGCUUUAUCAGCAAUCUGCCGGGAAUCGUGUUACUUGGUCUUACUAAAAAGCCACCUUUGAAGUGAGAUUGGGGGGCGGGGAAAGAAUGCCACUCAGGCAGGCUCGCUGCCUAAGUUUUCCCAAGUCACUACAAUAAAACCAGUUUAUUGUCUGGUGAAAAAGGGCCUGUUGGUCUCCUGAGGAUGUGUUGAAAGCUGCAAGAAAUGGUUCAGAGUCCAUCAGAACUGUAACGGCUUAGAGCUGAUGACAAGUGACAGCAUCUUGUGCCACAGAGGGGCUUAGAGUCAGUUUGCAUCGUAGUGUUAGAAUCUUCCGAAUUAUUUAUGUCCCUGUAACUAGUUAAUAUCUUUUGUGCCAUGAGGUUCCCCCCAUGCUUUUUGUAAAUACAUUUCUUUAUAUUUAAUUAGCUCCCAGCAAACCCAGCAGCGGCCAGGCCCGCUCUCUAGCUCACAAACCCGGGUGACGUGGUGACACAGAUGGUCGCGCUGGGCAGUGUGGCAGUGAGCGCUGGUGGAGGGAAUUCGGCUGUCUAGGGCGGGUGUGAUGCCGCUUGCAUUUUCCUUGUGUUGCCUCUGUGUACAAACAAGACAGUCUAGAUGUAGGGGGGCUUAACAGGCCUUUUUUUUUUUUCCUUUUCUCCAAAUUGAAGGAAGCCUAUGUGUGCAUUUAAUAGUUCCAAUAUGGACCACAUCAGUUUGGUUUGGGGGAUUUUAAGGCUAAGGCAAUCUUCAUGUUUCUCAGCUUUCUGGUAGGAUGAUGCUGGCUUUCAUAGUGGGAGCCAGACUUGAUGGGAACUGCAGUUGCUGUGUAAGUUGGAAUUUGUUCCUGGAGACAGUGUGGUUGAAACCCGCAAGCAUCUCGGGGAACUUCUGGGGGUUUUGGAUGGACGCAGACACGUCUUCAGGGAAGGUUGGUCUUGGCACUGAUUCGGUUGAUGUGGUAUUUUUUCCCUCCGAUUCUCCUGUGUCUUUUCUCACUGCUGAAGACAUGGAGGGAGAGGUCUUUCCCUUGCAAACAGAAGGAUUACAGUCAUGGAGGCUUAAAGACCCUCAUUGGCUUCAUAGAAAGCCAGGGAAGGACAAAGGCAGUAUGGAUUACACUCUCACAGAAGUUUGAUACAAAGUAUUUUAUUUUCGAUUUUUACUCUGUGCAGCAAUACUUGUCCAAGUGGGAUGACCUUUGCCUACCAAAAGGCAGGGAUAGUAUAACCUGUCCAGCCCCAACACCUUGCUUUCUCAGCAAGCAGAGUUGAAGUGCCCUUAGGGGCAGAGUCUGGCCCAGCCACACGGAAGCCAGUGAGGACCCAGCAUGGCUCUGAGGGUUCAGCUCUGGGAGGCAGAGCCCACUCCCAGCCCUCGGGGGCACCAUGACAGUCCCUGGCAAGGAUGCUCUUGCCCAUGGGUAGAGGUGGUAAGUCUGAUGUGUUGGAUGCUUCUGGUGAGAGCUUUUGACUCCACUGAAAACAUGUCAACUCUUUUAAAAUUUGCAGUUUCAUCCGUCUUUCUUUGAUGCUUUCUUAGUGAUUCGAUCUUCAGUUAAGCCACAGGCAGUCUCCUGGGGAGAGGAAGCACCAACUCCUUUGUCUGCGCACAUAUGUGAAUUCUCACUUGCAGCCAGUAAGCCUGGAAUAAUGCCUCCGUGUGUCACAUCCUACGUGUGGUCCUUCUCCUGUAGACACUCGUGUGCUCUUUGGGAAGAAAUUCCUCACCCCUGCAUGUGUUUAAGAGGUGGACCGGGUUCUAAUCUCUGGCUAUGCAAGAUCUUCCCUAAAGAUGAAUAGCAUGUGGAGGCAGUGUGUGGCUAGCUCAGUGAUUCUGGGAGUCAGUGAUGGUUUAAGUGGUCCCCAUCGAGCCUCCGUGUUCAAAACCAAGCAACCGUGAAGUCCUUCGCUGCCGCCUGUUGUUUUCUCCCUAUCUUGUUUAUAGGAAAAUAAUGACAUUAAACAGGUAGCGAAAGGCAAAACAAAACAAAA